AUGUCGGACUCGGGAGACUACGUUCCCCUGGUCCCUUACAAUGGGACCGCAGCAACCGGUGGUGACUCAUUAACCGUGGACCUCAAUGUGUUCUACGAUGCUGGCGAUAUUGCGUGGAUUAUCACCGCCACGGCCCUGGUCUUGCUUAUGAUUCCCGGUGUUGGUUUCUUCUAUUCUGGUCUGGCCCGUCGCAAAUCAGCCCUCUCCCUCAUCUGGCUGUCCAUCAUGGCCACUGGCGUCAUUUCCUUUCAAUGGUUCUUCUGGGGCUACUCGCUCGCCUUUUCCCACUCGGCCGGAACGUAUAUCGGAGAUCUGGCCAACUUUGGUUUCAUGAAUGUUUUGGGUGCUCCCUCCGUGGGCAGCUCAAAGGUCCCUGACCUUUUGUUCGCUGUCUACCAGGGAAUGUUCGCUGCCAUCACUGUCGCUCUGGCUGUUGGUGCCGUUGCUGAGCGUGGUCGCAUGCUUCCUUGUGUUGUCUUCAUGUUCGUCUGGUCGACCAUCAUCUAUGACCCUAUUGCGUGCUGGACCUGGAACUCGUCCGGCUGGGUAUACAAACUGGGAGGUCUCGAUUUCGCUGGUGGUACGCCCGUGCACAUUUCGUCCGGUGCCGCUGCCCUUGCCUAUUCCCUGAUGCUCGGCAAGCGCCGUGGUCACGGUACCCAUGAACUCAACUACCGACCUCACAACGUGACUCACGUCGUCAUUGGAACAGUUUUCCUAUGGGUCGGAUGGUUCGGCUUCAACGCCGGUUCCGCCCUGAGUGCCAAUAUCCGUGCUGUCAUGGCUGCCGUUGUCACCAACCUGGCGGCUUCCGUCGGAGGUGUCACCUGGUGUCUCCUUGAUUACAGACUCGAGAAGAAGUGGUCCACUGUUGGCUUCUGUUCCGGUGUCAUUGCUGGUCUAGUUGCCAUUACUCCUGCCUCUGGUUUCGUUCCUGCAUGGUCUGCCGUUAUCUUUGGCAUUGUCGGUGCUAUCGCUUGCAACUACGGCACUAAGCUCAAGUACCUGUUGCAGAUUGAUGAUGCUCUUGAUAUCUUCGCUGUCCAUGGUAUUGGUGGCUUGGUCGGAAACCUUCUCACUGGUCUCUUUGCUGCUGACUACAUCGCUCGCCUUGACGGAUCGACGGUGAUCGACGGCGGAUGGCUCAACCACAACUACAUCCAACUUGCCUAUCAAUUGGCCGACUCUGUCAGCGGUCUUGUAUACUCUUUCUUUGGCUCGUGUAUUAUUCUCUUUGUCAUCAACUUCAUUCCUGGUCUCAGCCUGCGGUCCCCCGAGGAGGAUGAGAUUAUGGGUAUUGACGACGCCGAAAUCGGCGAGUUUGCUUAUGACUAUGUCGAGAUCACACGUGAUGUGAUUGGAGCCAGCGAUGGAGACUCGGUUGCCAUUAGCAAGCACAACUCUCUCGAGAACGCACCGGCUGAAGAGUCCAAGGUGUAA